CCGGCAGACCUCUGGGGGCGUCGCAUCGAGACACGCGCAGAGCACCGCCGCCGCCGCCGCCGCCGCCGCCGCCUCCUGCACCGCAGAACGACUCCGCGUCAUGUAUGAUAGCAACCUCAGCGAGUCGGUAGCGCGCUUUGGCAGACAGUAGUCGCGUUUUCUUCCGCCCCUAUCGACGUUUCCAGUCGUGGUCCCCGCAGCGAGAAGUCCAGGCCGGUAGCAUGUACCAGAAUAUGCUGGCUAAGGAAGGGAGGGAGUGUAUCUCAAUCCACAUAGGGCAGGCAGGAGUUCAGAUUGGCAAUGCAUGUUGGGAACUGUAUUGCCUUGAACAUGGAAUUCAACCAGAUGGGCAGAUGCCAUCUGACAAGACACUGGGCUCUGGGGAUGAUUCAUUCAACACUUUCUUCAGUGAAACUGGAGCUGGAAAGCAUGUUCCUCGUGCUGUGUUUGUAGAUUUGGAACCUACUGUUGUUGAUGAAGUUCGCACAGGAACAUAUCGUCAACUUUUUCACCCUGAACAAUUAAUUACUGGAAAGGAAGAUGCUGCAAAUAACUAUGCACGUGGACAUUAUACGAUUGGCAAGGAACUUGUUGAUAUUGUUCUUGAUCGUGUACGUAAGCUUUCAGAUCAGUGCACAGGCUUGCAAGGUUUCCUUGUUUUCCACAGUUUUGGUGGAGGAACAGGUUCAGGGUUUACAUCUCUUCUUAUGGAGAGACUCUCUGUUGACUAUGGAAAGAAGAGCAAACUGGAAUUCUCCAUAUACCCAGCACCACAGGUAUCAACUGCUGUUGUGGAACCAUACAAUUCCAUACUGACAACUCACACAACUCUCGAGCAUUCAGACUGUGCAUUUAUGGUAGACAAUGAAGCUAUUUAUGACAUCUGUAGACGGAAUCUGGAUAUUGAGAGACCAACCUACACUAAUCUAAAUCGCCUUAUUGGACAAAUUGUUUCUUCUAUAACAGCAUCUCUCAGAUUUGAUGGUGCUCUUAAUGUUGACUUAACUGAAUUCCAGACAAACCUUGUGCCAUAUCCUCGCAUACACUUUCCAUUAGCAACGUAUGCACCAGUGAUAUCUGCAGAAAAAGCGUAUCAUGAGCAGUUGACAGUAGCUGAGAUAACAAAUGCAUGCUUUGAACCAGCAAAUCAGAUGGUAAAAUGUGAUCCACGCCAUGGAAAGUAUAUGGCCUGCUGUAUGUUGUACAGAGGUGAUGUGGUGCCAAAAGAUGUAAACGCUGCUAUUGCGACCAUAAAGACAAAGCGUACAAUACAGUUUGUUGACUGGUGUCCUACUGGUUUCAAGGUUGGAAUUAACUACCAACCACCAACUGUAGUACCUGGAGGUGAUCUUGCAAAAGUUCAGCGAGCUGUCUGUAUGUUGUCCAACACAACUGCCAUUGCAGAGGCUUGGGCAAGACUGGAUCAUAAGUUUGAUCUCAUGUAUGCAAAACGAGCAUUUGUGCAUUGGUAUGUUGGAGAAGGUAUGGAGGAAGGAGAAUUUAGUGAGGCAAGAGAAGAUCUUGCAGCCUUAGAAAAGGAUUAUGAAGAAGUGGGAGUGGAUUCAGCAGAUGGAGAAGUUGAUGAAGCUGAUGAAUACUAGGUUGAGUGCCUUUUUAAAAAUUAAUGAAACUAUUUUACAUCACCUUCAUAGACUCAAAUGUGGCCAACAAAAAUUUUGGGGAAACUUUGUCCACUAGUAUAAUGACAUUGAUUGAAACAGAUGUUGGCAGUAUAUAAUCAGCAUUAUGACAUCAAUAGUUCUUAAUGUGCCUAGCAUAAAUGUAUUUUACACAGAAAUGUGAUAUUACUACAAAUAAUAUAAACAUUUUAGUGCAGUCAUAGUUUGCAAAAUGAAAUAUGCAUUAAAACUCUACCAUUAGUUGUGGAGCCAUUAUGGAAACCUCUUGUCAUAUUGUAUGAAGACCAGCAGUACUUAUUAAGAUAGCUAUGGUGUGAGAAAUAUUUUAGCCACAUUCCUUGCACAUGUAAAGCCUCAAAUUGUGGUUAUAUUUGGAAAAUUAAGCCAUAAAUAUAACACCUGUUUUAUAGGUUGUGAAUAAUUAUGUUAUUUAACAUUCAAUGGAAUAUGUGUAUCAACUUGUGUCUUGUGUAACAUGUGUAUAGUGUAAGAAUUUUAGUACCUUCACAACUUUAAUUCAGUACAUGAAUAUUUAUUGUGCAGAAGUGUUCCACAAUAUCUUUUAUCUUAACAGAGAAUAGUUUUUACUAUAAAAAUUGCAUAUGUGGUUGCACAUUUA